AUGUGGAUGCGUGGGCGGGCGGGCGGCGAGGGCGGCUUGUGCUUCGGUAGCGGGGCAGGCGUUCGUGCCGCGAAUAACUCUGUCAGCACUUUCAACUGCACGGAAGUCGGCAACUCAGUGGGAACAGAUGCAAUAAAGGACAGACAAAUUCCUAGCGCCUCGACAGUCAACGGAUGCACCCGCGCGGCGAACUGGCGUCUAAUAGAGGCCCAUACACCUGGCCCUAUCAAGGCCAAGAAAAUCUCAGCCCACGGACCGUCAGCCACCAGCCAGACGGCGAAGAUGAGGGCGAGGGACGGGACCCACACGGCCACUCUGGGUCUUCUGCUACUGCUGCCGUUGUUCUCUGUGGUUUAUAUAUCCGAUGGACUGAUGACUUUCCACGUCUACUUUAACCAGAGUAUUCCCGACAUGGUGAUAGCACAGGAAUUCUACGGGGUUAAUACCAGGUGUGACUGCCGAGUGCGCUGCGAAGCCUUAGUCGGCUGUUCUGGUGUUACUGCUGUGAAAAAUAGCUCGGGCGGAUUUGACUGCCUGUUGACGACUGCGAACUUAACAGGACUUCCCCUGGUGACUUCAUCUGACAUCACACUCAUCGAUAAAGAUGGCUAUAUUCCGAUGAACAUGGAGUUCCUCGAAAAUACACUGGGGAGAGCCGAUUCCAGAUUCUUCCUGUCAGCAUCGGAGAUUCGGACUGGGGACUUCGCCCAGCAGAGGCCCGCCUGUCAGGCCGAGGGCGGCGAACCUGCCAUUUUGACGUCAGCCGCAGCCGUGGACGAGGUGUUCAGUGUCUUCGGUAGAGAACUCUUCUUUGGGGGAGCCUGGGUGCCGCUCUUUAACAAUCUUUUGGUUGGAAUAAAGUGGACAAACGGAAGCAAUGAGAUUCCAUACCCGACGAUCUUACCUCCCCAAUUAACAGCCUUGUUUAUACAAACGUUGCAACCAGAGUUUAACUAUGGUCUAACAGCUUCAUAA